AUGUCGUGCCAUCCUGACAAGCUGCCCCCAACGUGCAGUGAGGCAGAGCGGGCAGCAGCAUUACAGCGAUUUCACCUGGUAGACACGGCUUGGAGGACGCUUGGUGACGAGGCUAGCAGGAAGGAAUAUGAUGCGAGGCAGACAGAGAAAGAAAUGAGGAAGCCGUGGCCUCUAAAUGAGAAGGUCCACGUAGACGAGAUGGAUUGGCAAGAAGAUGAGGAAGUAUAUAGCUACAGCUGUCGAUGCGGCGGUGAAUACGUAGUUACUGUCAAAGAUAUUGACCAGAAUGUCUCUAUCGUCGGUUGUAACACUUGCACGUUAAGUAUAGAGUUGGUGCAAGGUGGCUCUUCAGAAGUCCAAAUAGGAAAUAGUGUGCAGCCAACGUGACAUCUUGAUGACUUUUAGUCUGAGAUAACCCAAGUCCCAAAAUGUAGUUUGGGCAGUGUGUUUAUCUACUUUGUGGAUCCCAACACCAAGCUUCUACCCACUCAGUAUUCUGAAUGCGAAACGCAACAGACAAGUACCAGACUGGUACCAUCCUCCUCGUUUUGAAAGAUGGAAUAUAUUUGAGAGUCUGGAAACUGACGCUUUUGCCAUUUUUCGGGACUUCAAACAACGAAGGUGUUCGUUAAUCGAAGACAAGAAUUGAGCAUCUGCUUUGAGACGUUGUUAAUGUGGGGAGAUGGACUUUUGGGCGACCGGAGGCAAGUUUAGUUUCGGAACGUGACCGCACGUACGCGUUUUUAGGAAAUGUUUUUACAGUGCCGUUCCAGUCUGAGAGCCCCUGGCGACUCCCUUUUUUGGUCACGCAACCCAGCUUGUGGUGCCAGAGACCCGUAAAAAUCAAUGCCUUCGGAACCUGGGAUGUUAUUUGCUUGAUUUAUUAUCUCAUGAUUUACUGAAUGUUAAUUAUAUCGGGAAGGUACUCAGCAAGGCGAAACUUGAACUUGUACAAAGGGGUAUAACCAGAAUCCUGGAACAGCCCAUGUGACUAAACUGACGCGAUGGCCUGGUACAUUUUGCAUGCGAGAUAUACGGCUAUGUGGCCGUAAAUUUUGAUCGAAAAACUGCUGUACAUGGGAGCUGGGCGGAAUUUUCGUCCCUGGAAAAAUUUUAAGUGUGGGUGAUUGUUCUACUUUUAUGUUUUCAGGGUCAAAAGGGGCUCUCUGGAUAUCCCGUCGUCACAGGUUUAGUUCAAAUAUACUGGUGCAACAGUUGAGUCUCAUCUGACGAUGUAAUUUCUGUGCCAAAGGUUGUAAGAAGACAAUGAACUUAUGAACAUGCAUAAAACAAGUAGUUUUAGUUUUUGAAGUGUUUGCAUACAUACUAUUCCCAUAGCACAGUUCUUAAACUCGGAUGUUUUUCUUGGUAUACACACAAAGUGGAGUCAUGUUGUCCAUGGACAUGCAGUUGACUCUUCUGUCUUUUGCUCUUUCCAACCCAAAUAACUUUUAGACUGCAUACUCGUCAGCAUUAUCAUUGCAAGUAUGGUCAUCGUGUCCCUUUCAUGGAGGAAUUGAUGGAUAUAUGCCAAUUUACAUCUGAUGUUUACCUCUACCAAUACCAAUUGGUGCAAACCUACAUGCUGGGAGAAGCCUAGUGUCUCGUUGGACGAAUCAUCAACGAAGUUGCUCAUCGUGGUCGCCGAGACCUUUUUUCCUACUCUGAUCAUGUCGGCAAGGGGUAUUUUUAUCACAUUUGGAAAAACAACUUGCUGUGUACAGAAUGAUUUGAUUAUCGGAUAAUGAGGUCCGAUGUACUGGCAGGAACACCCAUUACAGAUCUUUAUUCCGUUCACAAAAAUUGACAAGCGUUUGCUCGGCGGACUGCGAAAAUUUGCUU